CUAGUCAUUCUAUUGUUUCUAUUGCUGGUGCUGCCAGCUGUUAUUUUCUUCGUGGACAAUGGAAGUCACAUAAUGGUUGCUGCUGAAGAUGACAAUGCAGAUGACGAAAUAGUUGAUGUAGAAGGUGACGGCGAUGAAACUUCUGUGACUGAUGAAGGCAGCGAAGAUGAUGAAGCAUCACCUAGUACAUCUCCUGAUGCAGACACGGUGAUACUAUUCACAAAGCCAGCAUCUGCAGGCUCUGGAGCAAAUCUGGAGCUCCCAGCUGGAAAUAUUGUAGAAUUUUUAGUUGGUUUUACAAACAAGGGCAACCAGGACUUCAUUUUGGAAACGUUAGAGGCAUCUUUUCGCUACCCAAUGGAUUUUAGUUUCUACAUGCAGAAUUUCUGGACUUCAUUUUGGAAACGUUAG